AUGCACAGGGACAGCGCCACAUUCGGCGGCGCGCAGCAGCUGCAGCUGAUGGCGGUGUUGGCGCUGCCGGUGCUGCCGGGCGGCGGCGUCAACGACAUAUUCACCAACAGGGUGUUCCUUGCCGGCUUUUGGGCCUGGUUCACUGCGCAGACGCUGAAGAUCUUCACAAAGCGGUUGAAAAAGGGCGUGUGGGACGUGCGGGCGAUUGUGGACUCUGGCGGCAUGCCCUCGUCGCACUCAGCACUCUGCGCGGGCGUGACCACCGCCAUCGCGUUCCAGUCGGGCUUUGGCAGCGCCGCGUUUGCCAUAGCGGUGGCGUUCAGCUCAAUUGUCAUGUACGAUGCGGCCGGCGUCAGGCGGCACGCAGGCAAGCAGGCCGAGGUGCUCAACCAGGUGAUAGGCGAGCUGCUGGAGGGCCACCCUGUCAGCGACGUGAAGCUCAAGGAGGUCCUGGGGCACACACCCCUGCAGGUGUGCGCGGGCGCCAUCCUCGGCAUCAUAUUCGGCAUCUUCUUCCCGGCCGUGCAGCCUCCGCCGCUCUGA